CGGGGCGGGCGCUCGGCGCCAUGGGGCGGCGGCGGCUGCUGGCGGCGGCGGCGGCGCAGCUGGCGGGAGCCUGCCCGGGACAGGCGCGGUUCCUGCUGUGGACGCUCCGCAGCUCCCGAGCUAAUGAACAUGGAUUAGAAAGGAUAUGUCCUUACUGCUUCCAGUUCCUGGUUCCUGACAGCUACCGAGUGCGUCUCAAACCAAAGAUGAAAGUGUCUCCACAGAUAGAGAAAGUUCUUAAGCGAGAGGCGAAGAACCAUAAACUUAACAUGAAACAGACAAAGCUUUUGAAAAAGUACAGGGAGUCAAGCAGCGUUCUGCUAGUUACUUGCAAAUCAUGCAACAAAACAACAAGACAUUAUGGUAAAAGCAGGGAUUUUCUGUCAACCAAGACACAAAAUUCUGGCACUCCAAGUAUUAAAUCUAGCCUCAAGACACCAGAUGUAAAAAUUCCAUCUUCAAAGAAAAUUACACCUGUAAGCUCCAGUAGGUCGGGAUCUAAAGGGAACGGUCCCUCAACACUUCCCAGAACAUGUGAAUCUGGACAGGCAACAACCAACUCUGCUUCCAAGACUCCCCGAAACUCCAAAUUUCACUUUUCUAAGCUAAAACGGAUGCUCAACCUAGAAGAAAAAGAGAGAAGCCAGAAGGCAGAUUUCAAGACCUUCUUAACUUUACUUUAGUUCUGUAUUAUUUCAAAGUAAUAAAGAUUACAGCAAUAAAUAUUGUUCCUGUUCUAGUAAA